AUGGGCAGAUUUAGUAUCCGCCGUCAUAAACGAGAUCUUUCAGACUCUGCAACUAUCGUCACAGCUGAAGUCUCUAUGAGCCCUUCUCAGAGAUCGAUAUAUGGAUCUAUUACUAGCCCUGGUCCUCGAAAUCGCCUUCAAAAAACUCACCACUCCCCACCAUCUCCGGACGAGAAUCGGGAUGUUCCAAAUGACAUCAAUAAGCGCCCGCAACGCAAACUAUUCAAGAGACUUCGCCAACCUCUACACAGGCGCACAGGGUCAUCCCCUGAGGCAACGAUGGGCGUAAAGCCCCCAGAGCAGAAAUCCCACUCCAACAGUUUGCCCACAUCUCCCAAUCGGCCUUCGGGACUCGGUGGGCGUCGGUACGCUAAUCGUAAUUGGAGUGACAACGAUAUUCGGCCGCCGAUAAGUAGGUUUACAUACGCGUCACCGCGCGGGUCAGUUGGGUCUUCCGCUGAUAUCCUACUAACACCUAUACGGGGUUCUACCGCUAUUAGCGACGAGGAUUUUGUUUUUAUACCUGGUCGGGAAGAUAUAAUUCAAUCUCAAGGUGAAAGGAUCGAAAGCCCUGGGCCAAUGAUACAAAACUUGCCUACUGCAUCCAGUUCGGAGAUGCACCCUCACCCAAUCUUCCUCGAACCUAUAGUGAUCGAGCCUGUGUAUACUCGCGAGGAGGAGCUGUUGCCUUCGGAAUCUAAACCAUUACCACCACCACCCGAGCUGGAACCAUUGAUUCACCCCGAACCUGUACUUGAGCCAGAUCCUGAGAAUGAAGACCCAUCUACCCCCAUGGCACGUUCAUUCACCUCGGAAACUCGGACGAUUACCAACGCGGUCAUGGAAGUCAGCCCGAAAGCACUUCAAGAAACUGUGCUUGUCUUAUCAGCCCCAGAACCCAAGGGAUCCACUUCAAAGCUUUUAGAUGAAAAUCCUGUGGAACCCAUACCUCCAACGGCACAAAAACUGUCUAUCGAACCAGUCACUCCCUCUCCGCUAACUGAAAUAUCCAUUCCACCAACCAACCCUCCGACUGUCACCGAGCCUAGCCCCACCAAGAUACAGGCGUUACUUGGGUGGCUUAUCCGUAAAGGGUUCCGAGACGAUUUUCGUUCGUGCAUGUCAUCUUGGUUCUUGAAGGAGCUGGUAAUCGGAUCCAUGUCUUCCCUAGAGGCAAUUAUCCGUGACCCCAGGUUCCGUGACUACCUUGCAAUCCUCAAAGGUGCACGCAACGGCUUCGUCUAUGGUGUCAAGAUUCGGUUUCCUCACGCCUUGCUUAUGGCUAUUUUGUUCGGGCGAGGAGAUUGGUCACAGCGAGCAAAGACGAUAUUCAAAGCUACCAAGCAGCAUGCUACUAAUCUUGCUAAAUUUGUAACCAUCUACAAGACACUCCUUUUGGUACAGCGACGUGCGAAUGGAGGCAAGGAAAAGAGUGCCGACAGUUUUUUCGCUGGAUUGAUAGGAGGAUACUUGGUCUUUGGGGAUAGGACAGCCAUUAAUGAACAGAUUGUGCUAUACGUAUGCUCCCGAGUGGUUGCCUCCUUCAUUCCCCGAGCCUUUCCUUCGGCCCCACACAAUCCCAAUGCAGACGUUCUCACACCAGCGAGGUCCAUCCCACCAGACUCAAAGAUAUUCUCGGUAUUUGCAGCAGUGUCGUGGGGUGCUGUGAUGUGGUUGUUCAAGUAUCGCCCCGAGACGUUGCAGCCCGGAAUGGCAAACUCGAUGCAGUACUUGUAUAGGGAUUCUGAAGCUUGGAAUAGCUUGAAGACUUUACUGUGGCAUAACAAGUAG